ACCAAAGCUGAGCACAACCCUUAAGUUCCCGCCCCGCGCGCCACGCCACCACCGAGAACUACGACCGCCGCGCUCAGGGCGCCACCUGAGUGCCCAAGCAGACGCUUCCUGGACUCGACUGAGUGUGGUUGUAAUGGUUUCCCUUCCCGCUUUAAAAGAGUAUUAUCCACUACAGACGAUUAUUGAAAAGCGGAAGAAGAGAAUUUCUAAAGGACAUGAAGGAGAAUGAAGAAGAAUACGACGAUCUUACUUUGGAAGACUGGAAAGUCUCGGUUAGUUUGCAGAUGAAUCAAAAAAGGUGGAAGGCCGUAAAAGAGGGCAAAAUGACGGACGUCACCUUUUCUGUUGGUCCUGAUGGGGAUGAAGAAAAUGCACAGCCAGUCUUUGCCAACAAAUUCGACCUUAUGGUAGCCAGUGAAUAUUUUGCAACACUAAUUCUCAGCGUUUCAUCGGCACCACAGGUCAUCAAAAUAAAUAAUGUUGAGCCGCACAUUUUCCAAAUGCUCAUCGAAUUCAUCCACAAAUUUUCGUUGGAUCGAGACAUAGAGAGUUUGGACGACGCAGUCAAACUUACUCGCGCCGCUUUCGAAUACAAAGUUGAGGAAUUAGUCAUUUUUACCACAAAAAUGAUCGCUACAAAAUUUCUGCGGCCAGACACAAUUUGGCUUGUACUUGAUUCGCUCUCAGACGUUCCAAUUGUUGCUUUGGAAUGCAGAAAAAUUUUAGCAGCACUAACAGAGGAUUGUCUACACGAUCCCUCAUUCUUGAACAUAACAGCAAAAAGUUUGGAGAUAUUUUUGAAGAUAAGAGUAGUGAAUGUUUCCUCUGAAAUUGAACUAGUUUGGGCGUGCAUCAGACUUAUCGAGGCUCGAGAUCAAGACCGUGCGCUGAUCCAAGUGGCGCUGCAGAACUUGCGGCUUUCAACUGUGGAAGAGCAGGAGGAAUUAUCUGUGCUUCUGCAGUACCUGACGGACGAGGAAAAAAUUGCGAUUUCUCUGAGGAUGCAUUCAAACGACACAGAAUUGCCCACAACAUCUCAAAGAGCGUUUUUAGCCCCGUCCGAUAUCAACGGAAAAUUGAUUGUGAUGCCAGACAACUAUGAAGAGCAAAGUGUGGUUUUCGCAGUCGCAGGAGCUAAAUUCCGAUUGAAAUUCACGCCCAAACGGCGGAUCAAGGUCGGGAAAAUCUUUCUCGGUGACUUCUGGCCAGAAGCAGAAGGUCCGAUGAGCAACAAUUUCAACUACAUUGAUUUUAUUGCAACGGUCGCCCACAGAAGUAAUGGUAAUGGUCAGCGAUUUCAAGGCAAAGUGACGAGACAAUACUUGGAUAAUGAUGACGAACCUCGUCUCGUUUGCAAUUUCGAAUCACCAGUGUUUGUUCCCACAAAUGCUGUGUGUUGUUUGCAGGUGCAUUUCAAAACUAGAGUUUGCUGUCAGGCACUUGACGCAAUAACUUUUCUUGGGCAAGAUAUGGUUUUUGACCUCAACUCCAAAAAAGCGAGCGAAAUAUUUGAAAACGUCUUUGUUGUCAACCCUAUAAACUACGCAGCUCUAUUCAAUGCAGGUGACGAGGAAUUCGGGAAUGAAAACAAUAAUUACUGCCUUGUGAAAAGUUUUAACUAUUCCGUAAUAAUGUAACAUAAAGAAAUUAUUAAUAUUGUGUUAAGAAUAAUUUUUUAUGCCUGACUAUAAACACAGUCAGUUUUUGUUCAAGUUAAGAAAUGUUUAAUGCAUUAUGAAAAAUUUUUCAUGAUAUCCACCUCGUGUGUUACAAUUAAAUUUUAUGUAUAAUGUAUUAUAUUUACUUUUAAUAAUUAAAAAAAAUUACUUAA